AUAAGAAAGCCUAGAAUGUGCACUUUUAAAAGCAAACAUACUCUCUGAAAAUAUAAACAUUCAAUUAGCAUUAUUUACUGCGUGAAAUAUCCCUCAAAAAUUUACUACCGUGAUUCAUUGUGCAUGAAUUUAAAUGUUCCUGCCAAAAUGGAUGAUAUUUCCAAAAGGCGAUCAGAAAAAUCGAUAAAAUACUAAAAGUUUUCACAAUAGAGAAAAUUUCGCGAAAGUUGUCGACGAAACAACAAUAACAAAACAAAUGUAUUUGACAAUGGAAUCUGCUGAUGAUCGUAUAACCAUUAUGGUCAUUUCAAGCGUUACUUUGGUGACAUUAAUCUCAGCUUUAGCAGUUUGUCUUUGCUGCAGGAGACGAAAUCCUAAAAGUGAACUUGCUGGAAUUGAAGGGAUUGUUAAGCUUAAACAUCUUGAUGACAGUAAUUUGACAGUGAGUAUUGAUACAACAGACUCAAAUGAUGCACUUAAUCCCAAGAUGAAGCUAACACAGAAGAAUGCAACGUUACCACUUGACUCAAAGUUGAAUGGAUUUCAAGACAAUGAAUUAAAAAGAUCAUCAGCAAAUGCUCCACAUCGAAGUCUCCCAGAUAUUCCAAUUGUCGAAGUUGUAUGUGAUAACAACUCCGAAUUGUAUGCAACAGUCGGUGACAAAUUGAAUGAAAAGCCAAACAAAAGUCCAUCGAGUCCCAAGAAACUUGCCAACUUAUCUCAACAUAGUUCAAUGAGUCAAGCUGAUGACACCAGUUCACCUUAUGCACGUGUUCGUUCACCACCCCAUGCCUAUGAUAAGUUAAAGAAAACUGAGCAUCCUUACGCUCAAGUUGUGCAACCUGCAUCAGCCGGAGGAGUCGCUCAAGUUGUUCUUGAGAACGACGGCGAUGAAGAUGAUGACGACGACGAUGAUGAUGAAAUUGAUGACGAAGACGAGACCGCAAUCGAAAAUCCAAUUUCUCAUCGUGAAUCAUCUUCCAACCAUGAUUUAUUAGCAUCUGGCGGUGCUUCAAUUGACGCAUCAGCAGCAAUCAGCGGACGAAUAUCAGCAAGUCAAGAACUUCCUUAUAUGACGCCACCAAUUGUGCCAGUUAUGCCACCAACACAACAACAUUUUAGUGGAGAUUCUCAGGAUUCAUCAAAAGGUUACACAAGUAUAAGUGUAAGAGAACCUUUAGCUAAUAUUAUAGCACAAACAAAUCAACAAAAUGCCCAACGAAGACGGAGGGAGAUUCAAGAUUCGCAUUAUGCGACUGUUUCUGAUGAUUCUGAUGAAAUGUAUGCAGCUAUUGAAGAUCCAAACAAUUUUGGUGAACUUUACACCAGUGGAUCGGAAACUUAUGCACAGAUUCAAGCACCAAUGACUGUAUCUGUUGAGAUCAAUGCAACAGCACCGCCAGCACAAUCAACAAAUCGUUUCAAUCGAAUGAGUGGAACAAGCAAUCAUCAAAUUGAUGAUAUUGCAAGUGCAAAUGUUGAAACGUUAAAGAAUCUUCAUUCGCGUCAAGCUUCAUCGUCAAGUUGCACAAGUUCUGUUGGUAACAACAUCGGAUCACCGAAACCUGAGAAAAGGCAAGCUAACUCACCACUUCCACCGACACCAAAAGGACAACAUCAAUCACGCAACUCGACAUCCUCAAUCAUGGAAUAUCACGAGGGUGCAAAGAUCAAAGACAGCAACAACAAUUCAAGUAAAGUUAAGCAAAGUCCAUCGAAAGAUUUAGAAGGAAUGUACGCGAAAGUCAUGAAGAAAAAUAAGUUAUCGAGUGUUCCAUCUGAGAACUCAUCACCAGUUCUUAAUCGACACGAAACAGCAUCAAAUGACGUGACAAUAGGGAAUAUUGAAGUGUCACAAAUUCCAACAAAGAUUGGAAAUGAAUAUGAAACGAUCGACAAGAAACGUAAUCGUUGUGGAAGAAAUACCGAGACAAGUAACGCUGGUUAUGAAACAAUUCCAGCUGAUCGUAAUAACAACAAUAAAGAAGAAAACAAAACGAAUAAUAAAACUUCUCCACAUUAUGCAGAAAUCAAUGACAAACGUGAGAAAAGUUCAAAAGCUAAAAUGAGUUUGUUUAAGGAAUCUGCGAUUGGGUAUGAUGACAUUCAACAUUUGAGUUCAACGGACGAUCCAAAAUAUGAAACGUUGAAGUUAGAUAAGAAUAAAAAGGUGUCGACAAUGAGUAAUGCAACAGAUUCUGAUUACGAUCCAAAUUAUGAAAUUGUAAUGAACAAGACGUCGAAAGAAACUUCGAGUAGUUCAAGUUCAACGCUUGUUGAUUAUGGUUACAGUCAGAUAGAGAAAAAAAUGAAAGAUGUAAGUGAUGAUGAUGAAAGUAUUCCUGGUUAUAGUACGAUUAGAAAGCCAGAACCCAACUACAGUAUGAUUGGUGAGAAGCACCAUGGAAAAUUACCAGUGAACAGUAUUAAUGAUGGUGACAACGAUUCCAAUCUUUAUUCAAGCAUUCCACCAGUUGUUCAAUCUGUUAUUACACCAUCAACUGACAGUAAUUGUUCUGAUCUUCAUUUAGAUUAUGAUUUAAGAACAAGCACAACAAACAGCAUAACAACGCCAACGACAUUAAAUAAUAACUACGAAACGUUAAGUAACAGUGAAUCGACGACCAUUGAUGAACCCAACUAUGAAUCGAUGAAAUAUUUAAAAGAGAAUCCGUACGAAAGAUUACACAAUGAAAAAAGUUCAAGUCCAGAUCCAUCUGGUGAUGCAAUUUCACCAUCGAAUGAUAAUAAGAAACCGAAUGGAUCAACUGUCGGUGACUAUUUCAAAGUUUAA